AGCGGUUGCCCCCUGCUGGUCAGAAUUGAGUACUUCAGCGCCAGGAGAGGAAAUUUCCUAGGGGCGUGGUAGCUGGUGGAUGACGUAGAAACUCGGCGUCCAGAGAGAGGCGGUUAUUGACUGCGUAAGCAAGUGCGCGCCGUGGGAAACCUGACCAGCCGCAUGGCUGCGGGUUGCUCAGCGUCUCCGCGGCCGAAGGCGGCCUCAGAAGGGCCGGUGGUGGGACCGGCCGGCGUCUUGCCUUGCCUAGAAUUGCCUACCUACGCGGCCGCCUGUGCGCUCGUGAAUAGCCGCUACUCCUGCCUGGUGGCGGGGCCGCACCGAAGACACAUCGCACUGUCGCCGCGCUACCUUAACAGGAAACGCACCGGUAUCCGAGAACAGCUCGAUGCCGAGCUCCUGCGCUAUUCCGAGAGCCUUUUAGGUGUACCCAUUGCUUAUGAUAACAUCAAAGUAGUGGGUGAAUUAGGAGAUAUUUAUGAUGAUCAGGGACACAUUCAUCUUAACAUUGAAGCAGAUUUUGUUAUUUUCUGCCCUGAACCAGGGCAAAAACUUAUGGGUACAGUUAAUAAAGUGUCUUCCAGCCACAUUGGCUGUUUAGUACAUGGGUGCUUCAAUGCCUCCAUUCCUAAACCUGAGCAGAUGCCAGCCGAGCAGUGGCAGACUCUGGAGAUAAACAUGGGUGAUGAACUAGAAUUUGAAGUAUUUCGUUUAGACUCAGAUGCUGCUGGAGUAUUCUGCAUUCGGGGAAAACUGAAUAUCACUAGUUUACAAACCAAGUGCUCUGCAGUUUCUGAAGAAGUAACAGAAACUGGCACUGAGGAAGCUACUGAAAAACCUCAAAAGAAGAAAAAGAAAAAGAAGAAAGACCCAGAGCCAUAUGAAGUGGAAAGUGGUAUCACAGAGCUAGCAGAUUUUGCAGAUGUUACCAUGAAGGAAGAGGCAGAUCUGCAGAUUAAUAACAAUGUGAAUGGCCUCUGGAAGGAAGAGCCAAAGAAGAAGAAAAAGCACCAGGACCCUGUUUUCCAAGGCAGUGACUCCAGUGGUUACCAAAGUGACCAUAAAAAGAAAAAAAAGAAAAGCAAGCACAGUGAGGAGGCUGAAUUUGCACCACUUUUGGAACAUGCACCAAAAAAGAAAAGGGAAAAGUAAUUUUCUUUAGUGCAUUUUAAAUAUGAUUUGUUUUUUUAAAAAUUGAUUUACACAAAACAGAUGACUAAAGUUUGAACUAUGAAAUGUUUUGUAUUCCAGUACUUUGCAAAACAGGGAACAUUUGAUGAGGAGUUGAGUUUUUGGUGCUAAAAUUACAAAACAGAUAAAUUUGGGAAAUGCCAGUGUUAUUAAAGUGCUAUUUUACUAUAGACAGAAUAGAAAGGUAAGAGCUGCCCUCAAUCUCAACUCCUUCAUUCUUCCAGUGUAUACAUUCUAAAUAAAAUGAUUUCUACAGUCUGCAAAAGGACUUUUAAAAUACUGUUAUUUCAUAUCAUACAGAAUGAGAUUUGAGCUUGGGCUUUAGAAUUUUUUUUGUUACAGGUUUCACAUUUAGUCAUGAUAUUACAUGACAUGCUAUUUUGCUUUGUUUAAAUUACCAGUUUUAGGAUUUCUUUUAUCAUGGCUACUACAGUAUUUCUACUGUUUAACUUAGAAUGGUUUGCCAAAGGAGUUUCUGAAGUUUCCAGAGCUCUUAAGAACCUUGCCACUACUGACUGUGUGGUAGGAAACAAUAUUCACUAUUCUUUUCUACUAGGUGCAUGCAUGUUGUUUUCCUUUCUCUCUCAGUCUAAGAGGUUGAUGGAGAGGCUGUUUUCUGACACUUGUUCAUUUGUGCCUCAACCAUUCUGCUUUUGUUGUGUGUUGGAGAGGAGGAGAGUGUGCUGAAGACAGGAAAAAUGUGAUUCUGACUAGUGGGGAACUUCCCUACUUUUAAUAUUUGAGUUAAGCUACUAGAAAUUAUUAUGAAGAGAAAACAGCUAUUCACUGCUUUCACUGAGAAAAUGUGGAAUAUGUCUUAACUAACUAUUGGAAAACAAACAGUGAAGAAUGAAAUGACAAGCUGGUUGAGCCUGAUAAUGAGUGCAAGGUUGUGUUCGUUCAGGUAACAGGUAUUUGAUGAUCUGUGUGUAAAACACAUUCUACUGAGGUCCAGGGGUAUAAUGGCAAACAAGGUAGAAAUAAUUCCUUCCCUCAUGGAAUGUCGUAGGAAAAACAGAUGCACAUACACAAUAUAAGUAAGAAAUGCAGAAAAUUACUAAUUGUGGUAAGUGCUGCAGAGAAAAAGAAGAUUGUCUACUCACUGUUAGUUGUGAUCAUGGCAGCCAUUUUCAUUGCCAUUUAUCUAGUAUCAGACAUAGUAGUACUGGUCUUACAUUGUUUAAUGUUUGUUAAUGUAUGGGUUCCCAAAGUAGUAGAUGCAAUCUGUAAUGAUAGAAUAUAGAAUUUGGAGAGUGGCAGUCAUUCACAAUGUUUGUCUACAAGCACAUGUGCCAGACAGUGGAAAUGUGCAGGCCAGUAUCUUUCCUUAUCAUUAGGUUCACGUGGGUAUUUAGCCCUCAAAAUGUAGCUAGUCCAAAUAGAGAUGAGGUAUCAGUAUAAAAUACACAUCAGAUGUUGAAGAUGUACAGAACACGUAAAAUAUCUCAAUUUUGUAUAUUGGUAGAUUAUAAUAUUUUGGUACAGUGGGGUAAAUAAAAUGUUACAAUUAAAUCAGCUUUUUUCAUUUUUUUUUUUUAAAGAUUAAAAAUUGCAUCUGAGGGGCCCACAUUAUCUUUGUUUUGGACAGCACUGGUUUAAAGGAAGGAUGAUUUGAAAAAGAUUUAAAACAAGCUAUACCAUAUUCUCAAGAGUUUAAUGUAGUACCAUACCCAGAAAAUGUCGUAUAAAUACUUCCUUUAAAUUUAAAUACAUAAUUAUAAUGUCUGACCUAAUGUGAAAAAUUAAUGUUUAGUGAAACAAUUCUAAAUCCCUUCUGGUAAAUACUAAGGAAGCUGUUAAAUUGAUGCUAUUCAUGGAAAAAUACUUUGUGGCUUAGCAAAAUAAAUUCCCACAUAUUUAUUGUAUUUUGCUUCAGUUGCUGCUUCUGUUAAUCAAUGUUGUAUUUUAAAAUAAUUUGCAUCUUUGAAGAAAAGCGUAUGCUGAACUUGAAACUAGAUUUAUUCAUGGUUUUUCACAAUGUCAGUAGCUUUGAAAAGGCAGAGCUGGUCAUUUGCCUUGCCUAGAAUAAAGUGACAAUGACAGUUGCUUUUAUCUGAUACAGAAACCUCUGAUGAUGGUAUCUUCCAUAUAUACUUCAAAACACUUCUCACAUGCUACAUUAAUCUAGGUUUUUCCUUUUUAUCUUGGAAUUUGCUCAUUAAAAUCCUCUAGCCUAGACUAGACCCCUUAUCCUCUCUUCAGUUCCUAUUAAUCAUUAAUCACUGGGAAUAAACAGAAGUUUGAAACGUUUUCAGGGCUCUGGUCACCACACCACCAAUCACACCCUCUAUCAAUCAAGGGGAUAACGGCCAGCACAUACUGAGGAAAAAUGUGGCAGGCAUCCAUACUGAAAACAGCCCUCCAAAAAUAUUAGACUCAUACAGGCUACACAGGGAUGCUCCCACAUAAAAACAACCCUUCACAGUAGGUAAGUUUCUCCUAAAUUCACAGAGAAAUAUAAGUAAAAUGAAGAAGCAGAGGAGCCAGUCCCAAUAAAAGAACAAGAGAAAGCCCCUGAAAGAAAUAAUAAUGAAACAGACCUCUCCAGUCUACCAGAUCGUGAAUUUAAAAAGGAGGUAAUAAAAAUACUGAAGAAAUUAAAGGCUAUCAAUAGAAAUGCACUAGAACUAGAAACUGUAAAGAGGAGCCCAUUAAAAUUAGAAAACUCAUUUGCCAAGAUGAAAGCUGAGCUAAAGGCAAUUAAUAGCAAACUAAAUAAUGCAGAAGAAUUAAUACGUGAUCUAAAAGAUAUAAUAAUGGAAAUCAAUCAGAACAGCAGACAAAUAAAAAAAAAUGAAAGCAAUAUAUGAGGUCUAUGGGAUAAUAUAAAGUCGGCCAAUCUACACAUAAUUGGCAUGCCAGAAGGAGAAGGAAGAGAAACAGGAAUGGAAAAUGUAUUUGAAGAAAUUAGCUGAAAACUUCUCACAGUUAAAGAGAUACCCAGGUACAGGAAGCACAGAGGGUCUCAAACAAGAUGAACCCAAACAGACCUACACCAAGACAUAUAAUUAAAAUGGCAAAAGUUAAGAUUCUAAAGGCAGCAAGAGAAAAAGAGCUAGUUAAAAGGGAACCACCUUAAGGCUAUCAGCUAGUUUCUCUACAGAAACAUUGCAAGUCAGAAGGGAGUCUCAAGAUACAUUCAAAGUCCUGAAAAGGAAAAACCUGCCAUCUAGGAUACUCUACUCAGCAAGAUUAUAAUUUAAAAUAGAGAUAAAGAAUUUCUCAGACAAGCAAAUUUUAAAAAAUAAAGCAAUACUAAACUUAUCCUGAAAGAAACAUUGAAAGGUCUUCUCUAAAUAGAAAAGAAGCAAAAAUCUACAGGAAAGAAAUCACAAUUGUAAAUUACUUAAGACAGUACAUAGAUUUUUUAAAAAUUUGUGAAAGUGAAAAUACAAUGAAUAGCAAAAGGAUAAACAAAAAUGUAAAGAGGACAGAAAAAUCGUAAAAUAUGGGGAAGGGGAGUAAGACAAUGUAGUUUUUGGGGGUCUUUUUUAGAAUAUGUUUGAUCCUAUAUGAUUACAAGUCUAAAGCAAGUAGAUACAUUAAUGGGUUAGCAUACAAGAAAAGCUGGGUAACCACAGAUCAAAAACAUACAGUAGAUUCACAAAAACCAAAAAGGAGAGAACUCAGGCAUAAUAUUAAAAAAAGCCAUCAAACCACAAAAGGAAAAACAAAAAGGAAGAAAGAAGAAAUACAAAAUGAACUGGAAAACUAGGUUUAAAAUGGCAAUAAAUUCAUGUCUAUAAAUAACUACCUUAAAUGUCAAUAGAGUAAAUGCUCCAAGCAAAAGACAGAGUGGCAGAUUAGAUGAUAAAAGAAGAGCAUACAAUAUGCUGCCUACAAGAGACCCACAUUAGGGCAAAGGACACACACAAACUGAAAGAGAGGGGAUGGAAAAAGAUACUUCAUGCAAAUGGAAAUGAAAGCAGUGGUAGCAACAAUCAUAUCAGACAAAAUAGACUUUAAAACAAAGGCUACAAAGAAAGAUAAAGAAAGGACACUAGAGGGCUUCCCUGGUGGUGCAGUGGUUGAGUGUCCACCUGCCAAUGCAGGGGAUAUGGGUUCAUGCCCUGAUACGGGAAGAUCCCACAUGCCACGGAGCGGCUGGGCACAUGAGUCGUGGCCGCUGGGCCUGCGCAUCCAGAGCCUGUGCUCCGCAAAGGGAGAGGCCACAACGGUGAGAGGCUUGCGUACCGCAAAAAAAAAAAAAAAAAAAAAAAAUCAUAAACCACAGUCAAGUUGGAUUCAUCCCAGGGUCAUAAGGAAUGGUUCAACAUACACAAGUCAAUCAAUGUGAUACAAAAGAAAACAUCAACAAAAGAAAAGAUAAAAACCAUGUGAUGAUAUCAAUAGAUGUAAGAAAAGCGUUCGAUAAAAUUCAACAUCCAUUCGUGUUAAAAGCUUAUCAAAGUGGGUAGAGAGGGAACAUAUCUCAACAUCAUAAAACCUAUUUAUGACAAACCCACAGCCAGCGUAAUACACACAGUGAAAAGCUUAAAGCCAUCCCACUAAAAUCUGGAACAAGACAAGGAUGCCCAGUCUCACCACUUUUCAGCAUAGUAUUGGAAGUCCUAGCUAUAACAAUCAGACAAGGAAAAGAAAUGAAAGGUAUCCAAAUAGGAGGGGAAGAGGUAAAAUUGUCAUUAUAUGCAGAUGAAAUGAUACACUAUGUAGAAAAUUCUACACUCCACACAAAAACUACUAGAACUGAUAAAUUCAGCAAAGUAGCAGGAUACAAGAAUAACAUACAGAAAUCUGUUGCCUUUUUUUUUACACUAAUGAUGAAAUGUCAGAAAGGGAAAUUUUUUUUUUAAAUGUCUCUUAAAAUUGCAUCAAGAAAAUAAAAAACUUUAGAACAAACCUGACCAAGGAGGUAAAAGACAUAUUAUAUAUGCUCAGAACUAUAAAACACUGAUAAAGAAAAUUUUAGGUCAUUUAAAGAAAUGGCAAGAAUAUCUCAUGCUCUUGGAUUGGAAGAAUUAAUGUUGUUAAAACAGCCACGCUACCCAAAGCAAUCUACAAACUUAAUGUGAUCCUUAUCAAAUUACCCAUGACAUUUUUCACAAAACUGGAAUAACCCUAAAAUUUGUAUGGACCCAUAAAAGACUCAGGAUUGCCAAAGCAAUCCUGAGGAAAAAGAACAAAGCUGGAUGCAUAACCCUCCAAACUUCAGACAUACUACAAAGCUACAGUAAUCAAAAGAGCAUGAUAUUGGCACAGAAACAGACAUAUGGAUCAAUGGAAAGAUUAGAGAGCCCAGAAAUAAAAUCACACACCUAUGGUCACCUAAUCUAAGACAAAGUGGGCAAGAAUAUAUAAUGGAGAAGAUUGUCUCUUCAGCAAUCAGUGUUUGGGAAAGCUGGACAGCUGUAUGUCAAUCAAUGAAGUUAAAAUACUCCCUCACUCCUACACAAAAAUAAAGUCAAAAUGGUUUAAAGACUCAAAUACAAGACUUGACACUAGAUGACAACAUUGGCAAAACAUUCUCUGACAUAAAUUGUAGCAAUGUUUUCUUAGGUCAGUAUCUGAAGGCAAUAGAAAUAAAAGCAAAAAUAAACAAAUGGGACCUAAUCAAACCUAUAAGCUUUUUGCACAGCAAAGGAAAACAUAAAGAAAAUGAAAAGACAACUGACAGACUGGGAGGAAAUAUUUGCAAAUGAUGUGACUGACAAGGGACUAAUUUCCAAUCUAUACAAAGAGCUCAUACAGCUCAACAUAAAAAAAACCCAAACAGGGACUUCCCUGGUGGCACAAUGGUUAAGAAUCUGCCUGCCAAUGUAGGGGACACAGGUUCGAUCCUGGUCCAGGAAGAUCCUACAUGCCGCGGAGCAGCUAAGCCCGUGCGCCACAACUACUGAAGCCCACGCACCACAACUACUGAGCACACAUGCCGCAACUACUGAAGCCCACAUGCUCUAGGGUCCAUAACUGCUGAGCCCAUGUGCUGCAACUACCAAAGCCUGAAGCCUACCGAAGCUCUAGUGCCUAGAACCUGUGCUCUGCAACAAGAGAAACCACUGCAAUGAGAAGCCCACAGGCCGUAACUAGAGAAAGCCCGGGAGCAGCAACAAAGACCCAAUGCAGCUGCCGUAACUAGAGAAAGCCAGUGAGCAGCAACAAAGACCCAAUGCAGCUGUAAAUAAAUAAAUAAAUUUAAUCACUAAAACAAACAACGCAAUCAAAAAAUGGGGCAGAAGACCUAAAAGACAUUUCUCCAAAGAAGACAUACAGAUGACCAACAGGCCCAUGAAAAGAUGCUCAACAUCACCAUUAGAGAAAUGCAAAUGAAAACCACAGUGAAGUAUCACCUCACAAAGGUCAGAAUGGCCAUCGUUAUAAAGUCUACAAAUAAUAAAUGCUGGAGAGGGUGUGGAGAGAAGGGAACCCUCCUACACUGUUGGUGGGAAUGUAAAUUGAUACAGCCACUAUGGAGAACAGUAUGGAGGUUCCAUAAAAAACUAAAACUAGAACUGCCAUAUGAUCCAGCAAUCCCAUUCUUGGGCAUAUAUCUGGAGAAAACCAUAAUUCAAAAAGAUACAUGCACCCCAGUGUUCACUGCAGCACUAUUUACAAUAGCCAAGGCAUGGAAGCAACCUAAGUAUCCAUCGAUAGAUGAAUGGAUAAAGAGGAUGUGGUACAUAUACAUAAUGGGAUACUACUCAGCAAUAAAAAGAAUGCAAUAAUGCCAUUUGCAUCAACAUGGAAGGACUUAGAGAUUAUCAUAAGUGAAGUAAGUCAGACAGAGGAAAACACAUAUAUCACUUAUAUGUGGAAUCUAAAAUACAAUACAAAUGAAAUUACUUACAAAGCAGAAACAGACUUAUAGACAUAGAAAACAAACAUGGUUACCAAAGGGGAAGGAGGGGAGGGAUAAAUUAGGAGUUUGGGAUUAGCAGAUACAAACUACUAUAUUAAAUAAACAAGGUCCUACUGUAUAGCACAGGGAACUACAUUCAAUAUCUUAAACUAUAAUGGGAAAGAAUAUGUAAAAGAAUAUAUCUAUCUGAAUACAUAUAUAUAUAUAUAUAUAUAUAUAUAUCUGAAUCACUUUGCUGUACACCAGAAGCUAACCCAACACUGUAAAUCUACUAUACUUCAGUUAAAAUUUUUUUUAGCAAAAGUUAAGUGUUGGUGAGAAUGUGGAGAAAUUUUACCAAUGGGAAUGUAAAAUGGUAUAGCCAGAGCUCCUCAAAAAGUUAAACAUAGUUACCAUAAGUCCCAGCAAUUCCACUCUUAGAUAUUGAAUACAUACCCAAGAAAAGUGAAAACAUAUGUCCAUACAAAAAAUGUACGUGAAUGCUAAUAGCAAUGUUCACAAUAGCCAAAAAGUGGAGACCACCCAAACGUCUAUGGACUGAUGAGUUGUGUAUGCAUACAAUGAAAUAUUACUCAGCCAUGGAAAGGAAUGAUGUACUGAUUCAUGCUACAACAUGGAUGAACCUUAAAAACAUGCUAAGAGAAAGAAGCCAGACACAAAAGACUACAUGUUGUAUGGUUCCAUUUACACAAAAUGUUCCCAAUAGGCAAAUCCAUAGAGACAGAAAAGCAACUUAGUGGUUGCCAGGGAGUGGGAAGAGGAAGGAAUUGGAACUGAUAGCUAAUGGGUGCAAAAUUUCUUUUUUGGGGUGAUAGAAAUGUUUUAGACCAGGUCAUGGUUACACAAAAUCUGAACAUACAAAAAAACUUAUUUUUUAAGUGAUGAAUUUAGUUAUGUGAAUUUCAUCUCUAAAAUGUUUUUAAAUAAAAUAAACACUAAAAAAAAAAAAGCUCAGAUAUUUGGUCUAAACUGUUUUAUCUCUCAGACCUUUGCCUUGGCAACAGUAAAUAACUUCUUGGUAUUGUUUUGUCUACUUCUUUCAAAUAAAUAUUUAGUACACUGGAUCAUCUUAAAGCCCAGUUGCCUUUCCUCAGACAUUAGACUGAUAAACUUGUUCCUACUUAUGUUAAUUUGGUAACUUGCCCUGAACUUAUUUGCAAGUUUCUGUAAGGCAAAAAUUUAGUAAAUUACAAAAUGCAGUAAUUAAGAAUAGAAGCAAAAUCAGCAAAUAUAUAUAUGUGCAACCAGGAUUUCAAUAGCAAAUAAGCUGCAGUCUCAGCAGUUUUAAGUAAUUAGUUCCACAUUUAUUGGACAUAAUUAGAAAAUGCUCUGGUACUUGUUGACUCAAGGAGAAACCAGGACAAAUGAAAUGCCAAUGCUUGCCUUAGUAAAGAGAGAUACAAGGUAAUACAUCCAUUAAAAAGGACCAUAAUUUAGAAUUUAAAAUUAGAAUAUUAGUAAAUAUAAUGAUCUACAAAUUUAUGAGAUUAUGAUCAGGAAAGGAAAGAAAUUUAAAUACCAUGUGUCUAAUACAUGAAAGAAGUCCCUGCUAAUCCUUCGUCCCACCAUAUUAUGUUACAGUCUAAUGUCUUUCAGAUUUCGUUGUCUGUAGCCCAGAUCACCAAUUAAGGAAGAUUCUUAUAUCAAAAAACAUAUUUUGUGUGAGUAUUCAUGCAUAUGUGCAAGGAAGCCUGAAAGAAUACUAAUCCUCCAAAAUGAAUGAUUAUAUAAAAAUAUUUCAAUACCUCAUGUUCUAAGAUAUUUAUACCCACUUUUUAUUCAUUGCUUUUAAAUAACCUUUGCAUAUUAAAUGACAGUGUUUUAACCUCAUGAGGGUUGAGUAAAGCAAACUUGAACCUGAAUCAGUUCCUGAUUCUUAUCUAUUUGUUACUUUGAACAAUUUCACUUACUUCCCUAGGGUGUGGUCCUUUACCUGUAAAAUAGGAACACUGAAUUGGGAGCUAGAUGAUCUAUAGGUUCCUUUCAGUUAUAACGUCCUGAAUGACACUGAUAAUGCUGUCUUUGUAAAUAGUUUAUGUACUUGAAAUCUCAUCUACUUACUUGCAUCUAUUAAGAACUAUAAAGAGUCUGAGAUUUUAACCUAUUUGCAAGCUAACAAGUUAGUCUGCCACAGUCUCAUGGAUGCUGACAUAAGACGUCAGAGACACAGGGAUUUUAUUACUCAUGGCACAUCCAGAAGCAUAAUAUUAUAAAUGGAAUGGAUAAAUGACAAGGUCCUACUGUACAGCACAGAGAACUAUAUUCAGUAUCCUAUGAUACACCAUAAUAGAAAAGGAUAUAUAAAAAAGAAAUAUGCAUAUAUGUGUAACUGAAUCACUUUGCUGUACAGCAGAAAUUGACACAACAUUGUAAAUCAACUAUACUUCAAUAACGAAUAAAAUUUUUUUAAAAAGCUGCAUGAGCUUCUUGUUCG